ACAGCACCAACAAGAAGAUGGAGGCUCAGAAAAAUAACACAAGAGGGAGACACUCCAUGGGACCACACUGCCAGGGAAGAGCUAGGCAUCCUCUGAAUGAGAUACGUAUCCAGCUUGUGACACUAGUGGUAAGCAUGUUGAUGGCGGGCUCAGCCUCUUCAGGGGAGGACCUGGGGACUAAUAUUGGUAUGGCCAGCAUAUCACUUGAUGGACCCGGCCUUUUAAUGGUGGAAUGUUUGGAUGGCAAAAUCCUGGAACCAUACAAGAACGUUACCUUUACACCAGGUCAAUGGUAUCUGUAUGGUUUCCAGAGAGAGGGUUUUGCCAACGGUGUAAUUCAGCAUUAUACCCCGGUGGAGAAUGUGUCUGCCAUACAACAUGACUUGCACGCCCUCUGUCUCAAGGAAUACAGGCAUUUUCAAGACUUGGACCCUGUACCUAUCAAAUCCUUAAGAUGGGUGUCUAGGAAUCCACACUUGCACCCUUACCAGCAAGUGAGAGCCAACACUACCACAGUGUUGUGUACCAAGGAGGGUUUGCUGAGUCCUGAAGAUGUCACUGGGGCAGAGUACAGCGGUUGGUAUAUCCUGAAAGCUACCUUCCUAGGGAAGGAUAGCAGAGACGGGUUGAGGGUUAGGACAUAUUUCGAUAGGCCCAUUCCGGUAAAAGGCACCCUGAAGGCUUAUUGUAUGUUGAGGGAUUCCCAGAUGACUAUCACCAGACUUCAGAAGAUUCCUCUUGGCUUCGGCAAAGAACUUAGACAUCUCCUGAUGGAUUUCGGCCAAGAGGAAGAGAUCAUACAACGUCUUCGGGAGACGGAGAAGCAAGCCACUAUUCAACUCACCCAUGACCGAACAAAGAUUAUCGCGGUUGCCACAGCAUUGGACAUGGACUCAAAGGUUUCGUGGUGGGAGAGUCUUUUCGGAUACAGUCCUAAGUUUUUGGAAUUUGGAAGUUUCCUGUCCAUUCUUGAUGCGGCUUCCACAUGGAAAUUCAAGAUGAGCAGGAAUGAAAAUCCAUUCCAAAACUGA